UAUAUUAUCGACUCGUACGAGACUUUCGCCGCGAGCGCUCUAGCUUCUAUUACUUUAAUCCGAUAUGUUACGUCUAGAGCUAUAACGAUUGUUAGCGUGCCUUUCUAUAAGAAUCUGGGAGUACAUUACACUAUUACGAUUAUAGCUUGUAUUUCGGUUCCUCUUAUACCUGUGCUAUAUGUGUUUUAUAAGUAUAGACCUUAG